AAAUAAUGCAGUGAUUUCUCUGCGCGCCCUCUACAGGCCUGUCCGUAAUCCUACACCAAAAAUGCUUUAGUCGCAUAAAUGAUGAUGUCCUCACUGAUGCGGUGUGUGUUGUUGGUCUGGCUGAGGUCCUCACUGAAGUGGUGUGUGUGGCUGGUCCAGGUGAGGGCCUCACUGAUGAGAAUUACAAGGAAUUUGAAGGAUAUCACCCUCUCCACCUCUCUCUCACCUAUUUGUAGUGGAUGCCUCGGGGUGACUUCAGUGUUCAUUUUACGAGCAGAGGCCAGGGCUCCUACAUCCGAGUUGAAGAGGCUGCGGGAAUCGCUCUGCUGGCCAUGGUCCUCACAGCUCUGUUCAUCCUGGGCUGUUGGUACUACAGACGAAGGAGUGGUUACAAAAUUAUCCAGAAUGUGGGAGGUAGCACUCGGUCCUGGAGAGAUAUCUUUAGAUCAGGCCAGUACGGUGAACCAAGCGCAGCAGACGAGAACAAAGUGGUCCUUAAUGAGCUCAGGAGCCUCCAGCCAGUGUUGCCUAAUGCCCCACCGGCCUAUGACAAGAUCUCUGGACCUUUACCACCACCUUACUCACCCUGAAGAGGGUUACCGGGUGCUCGGGGUUAUAAGCCAGGUUUUAAAAUACAUCAUUUAAAUGUUGUAAUGGUUGGUGAAGAAAUGUGGGAUAUAAUGCAUGAAUAAUCUGCUGAUGCUUGGCUUACCAUGUAGAUCGGUCCUCUGUUAUUCAAAGUAAAAAUAUGUUGAUUACAUUAAGAUUGCAGGUCACAUUACUGGCUAUAUCUGAAUCACAGUGAUGAAAGCACAGCAUAUAUCACUCUCCAACAUUAUGUUUAUGUGUGUGUGUCAUUACACAAUAUUAAUUUCUCUCAAAAUGCUUUUUUAAAAUUCAGAUAAUCAUACUUUAAGUGUCUAGUCAUUUAUGCUUAAAGCCAAAUUCAUGUUAGUACCAUGUAUCCUUCCACACACCUUAACCUCAUCAGUGGCUUUGGGGGUGCAACUUCUGACAUACUUCAGAAUGCUUUAAACAGAAGUGUGCUGUCUUCUGAAUUACUUCAGGAUGCACUAAACAGUAGUGUGUAGUCUUCUGAUAUGCCUUGCAGCACUUCGUCUGUACA